CUUCCCUCCAGCUCCCCUCCCUUCCUUUUCUCCCUCCCUCUCUUUCCCUUCCUCCCUCCCCCCCCAAGGCUGGCGUGCCAGGGGGUGGGACGUGCCAAUCACUGGCUGUGCCUCUCCGGCUGCCAGCACAGGACGCAGCUACCCCCCGGGAGCCAGGUGUUUGGGUCCCUGGAGCUACUGCCGACCCCCGGGAAGCAGUGGGGUGGAGGACCCUGCAGACCUCUCUCCAGCCCCAUGGGAACUCUGAACCCCACCACCCCCACCCACCUUCAGCCCCCCCAAGAUGGACUGAACCAGGCUGCUGGCCAGAUGGACGAGCUGGACGCCAAGGUGAUGGUCUCCCCUUGAGGAAGCCCUGUCGUGUGACCAGCGGAAGGGGCUGCGCCUCGGCCCCGCCCCCCCCAACCACCAUGAAUACCUCAGCCCCACCUGCCGUCAGCCCCAACAUCACCGUCCUGGCACCGGGAAAGGGCCCCUGGCAAGUGGCCUUCAUUGGGAUCACCACAGGCCUCCUGUCACUGGCUACAGUGACAGGCAACUUGCUGGUACUCAUCUCCUUCAAGGUCAACACAGAGCUCAAGACGGUGAACAACUACUUCCUGCUCAGCCUGGCCUGUGCCGACCUCAUCAUCGGCACCUUCUCCAUGAACCUCUACACCACCUACCUUCUCAUGGGCCACUGGGCUCUGGGCACACUGGCCUGCGACCUCUGGCUGGCCCUGGACUAUGUGGCCAGCAAUGCCUCCGUCAUGAACCUGCUGCUAAUCAGCUUUGACCGCUACUUCUCCGUGACCCGGCCCCUGAGCUACCGUGCCAAGCGCACGCCCCGCCGGGCAGCGCUGAUGAUUGGCCUGGCCUGGAUGGUCUCCUUCGUCCUCUGGGCCCCAGCCAUCCUCUUCUGGCAGUACCUGGUGGGGGAGCGGACGGUGCUGGCCGGGCAGUGCUACAUCCAGUUCCUCUCCCAGCCCAUCAUCACCUUUGGCACAGCCAUGGCCGCCUUCUACCUCCCUGUCACGGUCAUGUGCAUACUCUACUGGCGCAUCUACCGGGAAACGGAGAACCGGGCCCGGGAGCUGGCGGCUCUGCAGGGCUCUGAGACGGCAGGUAAGGGGGGCGGCAGCAGCAGCAGCUCAGAGCGGUCCCAGCCCGGGGCGGAGGGCUCCCCGGACAGCCCUCCCGGGCGCUGCUGUCGCUGCUGCCGGGCCCCCAGGUUGCUGCAGGCCUACAGCUGGAAGGAGGAGGAGGAGGAGGAUGAAGGCUCCAUGGAGUCCCUCACAUCCUCCGAGGGCGAGGAGCCCGGCUCCGAGGUGGUGAUCAAGAUGCCCAUGGUGGACCCGGAGGCGCAGGCCCCCGCCAAGCAGCCCCCGCGGACCUCCCCGAACACAGUCAAGAGGCCGACGCGGAAGGGACGCGAGAGAACAGGCAAGAGCCAGAAGCCCCGCGGGAAGGAGCAGCUGGCCAAGCGGAAGACCUUCUCGCUGGUCAAGGAGAAGAAGGCGGCUCGGACCCUGAGCGCCAUCCUGCUGGCCUUCAUCCUCACCUGGACACCAUACAAUAUCAUGGUGCUGGUGUCCACCUUCUGCAAGGACUGUGUUCCUGAGACGCUAUGGGAGCUGGGCUACUGGCUUUGCUACGUCAACAGCACCGUCAACCCCAUGUGCUACGCACUCUGCAACAAAGCCUUCCGGGACACCUUCCGCCUGCUGCUGCUCUGCCGCUGGGACAAGCGACGCUGGCGCAAGAUCCCCAAGCGCCCUGGCUCUGUGCACCGCACCCCCUCCCGCCAAUGCUGAUGACCCCCUCGCCCUCCUCCCUC